CAUUAAGUAUUUCAGGAUAUGUAUUUUUCUUUUUCUUCAUGUAAUCCAAUGAAACCUCGUUUAAAUCAGUAUGUUAUCCUCUGGGUUAAAAAUGCACCGAAUUUGUUAUACCAAAUGUUUCAAAGACUAAAAAUACGUGCUGGCAUUGAGGGCCACGAUUCGCCCGCUUAGGAGAUGAGACUCUGUGCAGGCUAUGAAGUUCAGUCAUGAAUAUAAUAAAGCAGUUAGAUGUAUCACGGUGCCAGAGUAAAUCACUCUUCAAAAGGCAGAGUUCGAACAGAAGUGCAAACAAGGAAUGGACGUACCUUCAGAAUUCUGUACGACAUUAUGUAAAACGAAAAUAUCCAGUAAACCCAGAGGAAUCAGAGAAAUUACCUGUCUUCCAGUAUGCAAGCACAUCCUCACCUAAAUGGCGAGUCUAUGUAUGGGGUGUGGCAGAGCAUGGUGCUCUUGGUGUCAACCUUCAGUUGAAGAAAAGCAGAGCACCCAUCCACUAUCUUACAAAACCUGUCAGAACACAUUUUGCAGAGCAGCAUAAGAUUGUUGACGUUGCCUGUGGAUAUGGAUUUACAGCACUUGCCGCUAACACCAGGGAAAAGUAUAAAGUCUUUGGAUGUGGCAUCAAUACAGAUUCUCAAAUAGGUUAUCAUGCCCCACGCAGAGAGCAUCCACUGCAACUGAUGCUGGCACCAGCUCCAAUUGAACUGCCUCUGGCAGACAUCCCAAACACCAAGGUAACGAGUGUGGCUGCUGGACGGGCUCACCUCCUGGUGCUUACUGAUAGAGAAGGUGUAUUCACAUUAGGCAACAAUGCAUACGGCCAGUGUGGUAGGCAGAUUGUGGAGAAAGAGAAAUAUUCUGGCAGCCGAAUUAUUCACAACAUACCGCAUCUAACUGGAGCCAAAAUCAAGAGCAUUGAAUGUGGACAGGACCACAGUUUGUUUGUGAGCGAGAAUGGGGAAGUGUAUGCAUGUGGAUGGGGAGCAGAUGGCCAGACUGGUCUGGGUCACUUCAAUUCUGAGUGGCAGCCAAGCAGAAUACAGGGUGACAUUGAGGGAGAGAACAUUAUCAAGGUGUCAAGCACAGCUGACUGUGUUCUUGCUAUCAACGAUAAGGGUGAAUUGUUUGGUUGGGGCAACUCAGAAUAUAAUCAACUGCUCCAUGAGGAAAUCCAACAGAUACACACACCCAGACAUUUGAAGAAAUGCCAGGGCCUUGGCAAAAUUGUUGAUAUGGCAGCUGGAGGAUCCUUCUGCAUUGCAGUGAAUGAGAAUGGAGAUGUGUUUGUGUGGGGAUAUGGGAUCCUAGGAAAAGGUCCCAUAGUUGACCAUGCCAAAGAACCCAUACAGAUACCAUCUACGCUGUUUGGUCGCAAUGAAUUCCAACCAGACUCUCAGAUUAUUGCUGUGAAUGCAGGCAUUGGCCAUCUUGCUGCUGUCAGCAAUCAUGGUGACCUCUACAUGUGGGGACACAACAAAAGAGGGUGUCUGGGUCUUGGAGAUGUCAAAGACCAGUUCUUCCCAUUAAAGGUUGCAAUUGGAGCUAUGGUAAAGAAAGUGAGUUGUGGGGUGGAUCAUUCUGCAGCACUGUGUCUACCAUUUGUCUGAAGAUACUGUGAUAAAAUAAUUGUAACAGUGAACCCUUUAAAAAUAAAUUCAAGACAACAUAAAAUACAGUUUUCAUUAUUUAUUCUAAUCAUAGCUGUACAUAUGAGCAGUCAUUUCUUCUUGCAAGGUAGAAAAUUUGCUUACAUACUUACAUUUUGACCAUUUAAGAAUAUUUUUACAGAUUGCCCUUUUUAUUUAGGAUAGAAGAACAUGGUUUCUUUAAAAUAAUUUUAAUUUUUUGUAUGAAUAUUUGGUAUAUUUUCUUCUUUUUUGCAAUUUUAUUUUUUCCCCACCCAGACUAGGUCACAACACAUUCCUUUCACAUCUAUCCCAGUUCAUUAUGCACUAAUCAGCCCGUCAUUCUACACUAUACAAUCUGAUCUACUAAAAGAGCCUUUAAAGAAACAGAUAUAUCUACUAAACAAACAUUUUAGACAUAAGGAGCCAGGAGAACUCAGUCAGUAAAGUGACGGUACAGGCUGAACAGGUGGGGUUCAAUUCCCAGUGUGAGGCAUGAAAUUCUUCUGUACUCCAUAGCAACCACACUGGCUCUGAGGCCCACCCAACCACCUAUCCAGGGGUGAAGUGGCCAGGGCAUUAAAAUAACCGCUCACCUCCAUCUACUUGUAGACGAACUCUUUUGGCAUUCUCACUUGUGUCUGUGUGUGAACUGCUACAGAUAUCUAAUAACAUGUGCCUACAUGAUUACCCAGAAGAUGAAUUGGGUGGCAUGUAUCGAACAGCAGUAAAUUUGCUUCAAACAUACUAUCCUGGUAUACACCUGCAAGCAUAAAGAAAACUAUGAAUACCUGGACAAUAUGUAUACUAAGAUUCUGAAGGGUUCUGACAAUCGUGUACAACACACAGAAUUACUUGGUUUUUGGACUUUUCCAUUGUCUCGAUGGAAUAAGUGCAAAAACCCAGUAAUUUGGAAUGUACAUUGUCAUGAUAACUGAGGGACUGUUAAAAAUGUACUGAUGUCCUGAAAUCCAAUUACUACAUACAUGCAUGCAUAUAUUCAUGCACGUAUACAUGCAUAUGCACACAUAUACCUACAUUACAUACAUACAUAUUGUGGUCCUCUGGGUUGACUCCUGUGCUGUGGUAUAUGACUACCAACAUUUCAAAAGAACAUGUAGUCUCCCAAACACUGCUACUCACCUACUUCCCUGCAUGAUGCCAUAACUCAUGAGGGGCAAAUAUGGAAGAUUCUUCACUGCUGUAAAGUCCUCAAACCUUU